GUGUGGUUGUGCAGUUCCUGCUUAUAGUUGCAACUUGCAACGGACGUAUGAAGAAUGCAUUAAAUAUUUAAAGCAGUAUAAUUUUUAUGUGAUUUUUUUUUUUGCUCCAAAUACUAUCAAAAUGUUACAGCUGAGAUUUGGUCAAGAAUGAGGGAAGUAAUAGCCUCAACAGAGCAAGUGAAAUAAAGAUAUUGGAAGCAUGGGAAAAUUAUUGCAUUAUACAUUGAAAAACAUUACCUUAAUCAGAAGUUGACUGUUUGUGCGUACUCUUCUAAAAAAUGGGAAAGAAAUUCUAUGAUGUUUUGGGUGUGCCAGAGAGUGCCACAGAUGAUGAUAUCCGAAAAGCUUACAAGAAAAUGGCUUUGAAAUAUCAUCCAGAUAAGAACAAAUCGCCUGAAGCCGAGACUAAAUUUAAAGCAGUGUCUGAGGCCUACGAAACUCUGGGAGACAAGAAUAAGCGAUGUAGAUAUGACAAGUUUGGAGAUAAUCCAGUGCAGUUUGAUAAGUCUAACAAGCAAGAUUCUCCAUUCUUCUUUUCACAUUCACCAGGUUUCUUCCAAUUCUUUGGAGGUGCCCAUGAUCCUUUCAGUAAUAUGACUCAUUUUAAUGAAUUUGGCAAUAAUCCAUUCCAUCGUAGCAAUUCGGCACGAUGUCAUUCUUCACGUCCUAAACCUCGCAAGCAGCCCUUAAAGCAAGACCCUCCUGUUAUUCAUGAUUUGUAUGUAUCGCUAGAAGAUGUUCUCAUUGGCUGCACAAAAAAGAUGAAAAUCGAAAGAAAUGUUUUAAAUCCUGACAGAAUAACAACUCGCAGAGAGAAUAAAAUUCUCACUAUCAAUGUGAAACCUGGCUGGAAAGCUGGGACAAAAAUCACCUUUAAAGAAGAAGGUGAUCAGAAUCCGAACUCAAUCCCAUCUGACAUUAUUUUUAUCAUCAAAGACAAAAUACACGAACUAUUUGAAAGAGAUGGGAGUGAUAUUAGAUACAAAUGCACAAUUUCCUUAAAACAGGCUCUCUGUGGUGCCAAUCUAUUGUUACCAAGUCUCACUGGAGAAUCAAUUCCACUCAGCAUAAAUGAGGUUAUUCAUCCUGGAAUGGAAUAUACAAUAUCUGGUCAAGGACUUCCUUUUCCAAAGGACAAUUGCCGAAGAGGCAAUAUGGUUGUCACAUUUCAAGUGCAGUUCCCUGAUGUUGUACCAGAUGAUAUAAAAUCUACACUAAUGGAUUGUCUUCCUUCCUGACGCCAGGCCUUCGAUAGGGACGAAUCUGAAUCAUUUCACUCUGAAAGUGAAGAAGAGGAAGGAUACAUCCAAAAACUUUGUGCCAAGCGGAGAAAAGUGGUAGAUGAAGGAUCAUCCUUAAUAACAAUUCUUUUGGAGUCUUAAGGAAAUGUUUGUUUAACAUCAAAAAUAAUUCUGCUUAUCCAAUGGCCCUUAAAAUUAAAAUAAUAAUAAUAACAAUAACUGUUAUUUGAAUUAAAAAGGUUUAUUUUAAUCAUUAAAAGUUCCUAGCAUAUUUAAUUUUUUGUUUUGUUCAGUUCCAGAAAAAUUACUUGUGAAAUAGAGCAUUUAAAUGUAUUUGUUUAAAAAUUUCUUGUUUAUUAUGUAUUAAACAAAUCUUGAUUAUAUUUUUGGUCUUGCAAAAAUUUGAUCUGUAGGUUAUUGUUUAAAUUUUGAUGGAAAUGAUUGCUCUGGUUUUUACGAAAAAAAAUGAAUUUAACUUUCUUGUCUCAAAUAUUAAAUUGUGUAUCAUAAAUUUUCAUAAUAAGAAAUAUAUAAAUUGUAAUCAUGGUGUAAAAUACUUUAAGCAUGAUUAGGAUGAAAUAUGUGAAUUAAAGGAACCUUUUUGUGUAUCAGAUAAAAAUAUUUAUAGAUUUUUCACUAAUUCCUGAAGUUUAGAUUGAGUAUUGAAAUUAUUUCGAUUAAAAUGUUCCUAUGUUUCUGAUUGCUAAAAUUCUGUAUUUGCAUUUAAAGGCAUUUAUAUUUUUGUUACAUGUGAUCUCAAAAUGAAUAAUCAGGGUGCUUUAGGUGUAAUCAAGAUUUUAUUGUACUCUGUAUUUUAACAGCUGUGAAUGCUGGAUUUUAUACCUUAAAUGCCAUUUGAGGAAAAAUAUCUGCAAAAUAUUUUUGCUAUCUUUUAUAUUUCUUUCAUCUGGAUUUGAUAGCUAGCAAAAUUAAUUUUAUUUCAGUACCUUCACAUAAUGCUAAAUUAUUUAUUAUAUUCUGUCCUUUUAUUUAAAGAUUAAUUUUUUAGUAAUUCUGCUAAGACUGACAUCCCCCCCCCAUUAGUAAGAUAAAUAAAUCGUUUUAAUGUUAUGUUUUACCCGUUCAACCAGAAAAAGCUGUAAGCUUUGUAUAAUUUUUUUAAAAAAAUGAAAUUUUGAAAUAUUAUUAAUACAAUUGUUAAUAUUGUGUGAACUGAACUUAUCUGUAUAUAAAUGUCAGUUGUAUAAAGUACAUUUCUUUAUAAAAGGAAAAUGUGAGAUUUUAGAAACAAUAAAUAUUUGAAAUCUGUUCCACACUUGAAAGGUUCACAAAGGCUUUGUUAUUUAUCAUCUGAAAGUAUGUGUACAAAUUUUUCCUUAUGUGUAUAUAUUAUAUUAAACAUGGAAUAAAAA